CAAGCCCAGAAAAGAAACGAGUCUUUCAUACAAAACUGGUUCAGAUUUGGUCACUCUCUGACGCGAGAACUAGUCUCACCAGACAACAACAACAACAAAACUUAAGGGAAAGAUAAUCGUUUGUCUGUGCAGAGAGAGAGAGAGAGAAAAUGAGGUUGUUCGAUCCAUGGCCAGUGUUCUUCAAGAGAGAAUGGAAACGUUGCUGGCCAUUCCUCACCGGUUUCGCCGUCACCGGCGUUCUCAUCACCAAGCUAACCGCCGGACUCACUGAGGAAGAUGCUAAGAACUCCAAGUUCGUCCAGCAACACAGAAGGUGAUUCACUGAAGCAAAAUGUAGAAGCUGACAAGGCAUAUAGAUUUGGGACUAUAGUGAAUGCUUCAGCUUUGAAACAUGUUCAAUAACAAAGAAGAUCAUUCUAUAUACUCUUUUAUUUUCUCUGAGUUUCGAAAUCAGCUUUUCCUUUUCUGAAACUUAGCAAUGGAAUGGUUUUUGUUCACAGUAUCUUAUUCCCAUUUGUUUGGAAAUGGAUUUUAUGGCCUUUUUGAAUCAUGCGAACGCACAUUUCAAUAAGG